AUGUCACGUGAUCUGCCACCCGGUCCAUUUCCCCUUCCCUUUCUGGGAAACUUAAAUUUGAUUGGUACGACCGUUCAUAUUGAUUUGGCAAAGCUUGCUAAGAAAUAUGGCGAUCUAAUGACAAUCUACUUCGGAAGCGAGCGUGCGCUUGUCGUGAGCAGCUCGGAAAUGGCUCGCGAGGUACUCGUGAGGCAAUCAUUUGUUUUUGGUGGACGACCGUUGAACCUACCUUACGCGGCCACUUUGUUUAGUCACGAUGGUAAGAAUAUCGCUUUUUCGAAAGAAAAUUCUCAGCGUUGGAAGAAACAACGUAAAAUAUUUUAUGCUGCUUACAGAUCGUUUGGUAAUAGUCUUGAAAAUAAGGCUUGUGACGUCAUAAAGGAUCUUAUGGCUGACCUGGGAGAAAAAACGGUCACUCCAAGAAACAUCCCGCAAGAUAUAUUCCAUUGUGUUGCUAACAUCAUUUGUGCCAUAACAUUUGGGUUCAAAUAUGACAAAGAUGACCCAGAAUUCCAUGCACUCAUGAACAACUUUGAUGUUAGCGUGAUUAAACUUAAGUCGGCCACUAAUCUUUUGGACACGAUUGUUUUGCGAAUAUACGGGGAGCACGAAACCGCAAAUCCAGUGGAAGACUACGAUUUGACGCAUGCGUUUCAGAAGCAAUCAGAUGACAUCAUGGAUAGUAAGAGUAAUGACGUCAUUUUAACGAAGAAAGAAAUAACUUGUAUGAUGAAAGAUAUUUUUAUAGCGGGAAUUGAAACCUCGACGUCAGUGAUCACGUGGGGGCUGUAUCUCUUGGCUUUUCAUUCAGAUAUACAAGAUCAGAUUUACGAAGAGAUGAUGCAAGUUCUAGGCCCCGAUUCUCCCCCGACAUUUUCCGACCGUCAUCGACUACCUUUGCUCUGGGCAAGCAUCACAGAAACGUUAAGAUAUGGGUCUAUUGUACCUUUACUUCUACCCCAUAGGGCAACAUCCGAUGCAAAAAUUAACGGUUUUCACAUUCCUAAAGACACGACUGUAAUCGUAAAUGCCUUUGCUAUUCAUAAUGACGCAAGAACUUGGCAUGACCCGCAUGUCUUUAGGCCAGCCCGAUUUUUGAAUAGCUGUGGAAAUUAUUCGACACCACCGCCUUUCUCGACGCUUCCAUUCUCGGCAGGCAGUCGCGUUUGUGUCGGAGAGACUCUCGCGAAGAUGGUUGUGUUCGAUGUCAUUGCCCGGAUGUUAUAUAGUUACCGUAUGACAUUGGUAAACAUGAAGUAUCAGAGAGUGGAAGCUGACAUGACGAAUACAGCUUCUAUUCUUAAGCCGAAACAUUUGCAAAUAGCUCUUGAAAAACGUUGUGUCGUAAAAACUGACGCAGUUGAUGAAACGAUAAAAUGUCACUUUUAGUUUUUUACUCUUGGUUUAAUGACCAGUAGAUUCAUACGUUAAAAUCUUUCAUACUUAAUUUUGUAUAUUAUCUUGAUGUAAUCUUUCUUAUAUAUUUAAAAUAAUAGUAUUGUUCUUUAAAUGC